AUGCAUUAUCAGAUGAGAAUCCAACAACUUUUCAUUGCCAGCUUCUGGGCAGCUUUCUUCGAUGUGAAUAAAUUCGUUUUUGGUCAGACCCCAAACUCACUAACACCUGCAGAACUACCGUCAAGCACGCAGGCAAUCGCAUAUCAACUUGGAAUUUUAUAUUUACUGCUUGAGCUGGUCGGUGCCGGUGUUCUUUAUUCAACGCCGGAACCAAAAGUGGCCAGAAACUGUCUGAUCGCACUUGCAAUUGGAGACUUGCGACACAUAUAUGCCACGUAUUCCUGUAUCGGAUUUGAUGACUUCAUCAAUUUUAAGUAA